UUAAACAACUAUAAAAGACCAGGGCAAAUGCCAAAGCCAAAUUUACACCCUAAAAAAUUGAUAGUGACCCAGUGAUUGGUGGUCUAUGGCUGGAAUUAUUCACUACUUCUUUUUGCCUAGAGGUGAGACCAUUACCCCUACACCGUACUGCAAGGAAAUUGAUGAAAAGCAUAAAAAAUUACUUAAAAAACAACCUGCAUUGUUAAGUCGGAAGGUCCUACACUCCUACAUGACAACGACAGGCUUCAUGUUUCAAAACAUACUCUAAACAAAUUGAAAGAGCUUGGCUACAAAGUUCUUUAGCAUGCACGUUAUUCUCCAGACUUGUCUCCAACAGAUUUUCACCUGUUUUGGAAUUUAGACAACUUCGCCAAAAUUUUUUUCUAAAUGAUAUUCAAAUUCAAAAAGCAUUUUCAGAUUUUGUUUACAUAUUUUCAAAGUUAAGAAUUCUUCAGUUCCGGCAUAAAAAAGUUGGCCAUGCAUGCAUGGGCAAAAUGUGUAGAAAAUGAAGAAAGGUUCAAUGAUUGGAAGAAUAUACGAAGUUGAUCAUUCUUCAGAAGUUCAAUUCAUGAGAGGCUUUUUAAUAAUGGGACCGUUUUCAGAAAUUGUAGUAACAUUCUGUGCAGAAGCAGGAAAACAAUUCGGAUGGUAUUUCGCCAAUCAAGAUAUCGAAGGGAUAACGCAGUUUAAUUUAUACCUAUUCUUGGUAUCUUGGAUAUCUCUCGUGUACGCCUACAUUUCGGAUAAUUACAUCGGAGCGAAACAGACAUUGUUUAUUGCUGGCGGUAUCGCUACAUUGCCACCACUUGUGUGUUUUUUUUCAGGAGUAAGUAGCAGAUUGUUUAAAAUGGGGCCUUUAAAUGUUACGAUGGCACAAAUAAUUUUUUAUUCGGGAACUCUAACUCACGCCUUUAGCGUUAUCUGGAAGAUAAUUGCUGUCGAACAAGUGUCUUCAUACAGAAGCAACGGUUUCCUCCGCAGAUACUUGACGAAACUCGAAAUUCUGAAGAUAAUCGGUUAUAUCAUCGGUGUAGUCAUCACGGUGUUCGAUUUCAGCUACUUCCUGUUGCUAUCUUUCGUUUGUCUGGCCAUACACUUGACAAUCGUGGCGAUGCUCGUGAAUUGCAGGCAGAUGAUCCGUUCGGAACAGGUAGUGCCUCAUGCUGUCACAAAUUACUUAAUCGAAUGGUACAAAACCAGUAGUAAAAAAAUCAAUAUACGCAAUUACCGCCGCCCGUCUUCUGUGGAAAAAUUUCAAUUGGUUAAUAGUGGACCUGUAAUGAGCGAAGAAGGCAAACAUUUUUCUAACGUCGUGACUUUAAUCGUUUUAAUCAAUCCGUUCACUAUUUCAUACGCCGUCUUGUUGUUCACUUGUAUGUACCAUCAAGACCAAACCGCCGACUUUGUGCAUGCGCUGCUUCCCGAAAUGGAUCCACACAUCCUGACGUCCUGCUUUUCCAUCGCCAUCCUUUUAACGUUGGAGUAUAUUUUAAUAGCGUUCAUGAAGAUAUGCAGAACUUUUGUUACCCACUUUCAUCUCAUGGGCAUCGUGUACGUCCUCGUCGCGACAAGCUUAAUGGCCUUCGCUAUCCGGGAACAGAAGUCGCAUAUUCGUGAGACGCAAUCGUCCGCUCGUUCGGCCCAGCUAAGAAUAUACAACUUGAGAGAGGAAACGAUCUACGUCAGUUCUUCGUGGUUCCCUUCGAGAAAAAUCGAUGGGUUUGCGUUCCUCAGCAUUUUGAACAUAGUGAUGAAAAACAAGACGUCGUCAACGCAAUUGAACGUGUAUUAUACCUAUUCGAAAACUAACGAGACGUUCAACAUAAUGGCAGAAUUAGGAAGGAUGCAGUCGUGUUUGAUCUCCGGACUCGGCUUCACGAUGUUGGACUUGAAAGACUCGCCGGAUUCGGCCUCGGUCGACGAAGAGAAGAAUAAAAUGGCCAAAGUUCAUCUAGCAUCGCCGAAUACGAAAGAAAAUCCCGGUAACUUUGUGAUUUGGUUUUAUAACAUGAAGAGGAGCAAUGAAAUUCGAUUUGUAGACAAAAACUCCACCCUUUUUCAGAUACCUCAGGGGCUCUACAAAAUAGCAAUACGAGUCGCACCCAAUUUGGUUCAUUUCCAUUUUCCAAACAGAAUUAGAUUCAGGAAGAGCACCAUGUAUUUAAUGAUUUUGACGAACCCCGGACAAUUCAGGGAUAAUCCGUCCUAUGUUAAUGUGCAUAGUUUUCCAGUCCACGAAUUCCCCGAAUUGUCGAAACCUUGGGUUUUUCUGCAAAUAUUCAGCCUAGCGUUGGCAGAGUGUGUCGUGAACGUAUACUUUUAUUCAUUUAUAUAUCUGGAGUCUCAACCGCAAUGUAAAACCGUUAUUUUAUGCCUUCUCAACGUCAGUAUGAGUUUCGGUUUCGGGAUAAGAUUUCUCGUAAUUUCCCCAAACAAACCGACAAGUAUUUACCAUCUUACAUUUUCCUUCAUCGUCAUAAUAUCCCUGUUCCUCUUCGUCAACUCCGCUUUCAAAUACAAGUCUAAGGGGACUAACAAGUACGUCUUUUAACUAGUGUUAUAAAAAAUAUCAAUAAAAAACAUAAUCUGAUUUUAA